AUACUCUCGCUGCUAGUUGACCCAGCUGGGAGAAGAAGGUCGCGCAGACGACAGUUGGUGAGUAGACGACAGCUGCAAGCAGACGUGAGCAGAGAAGUAGACGCUACAAUGGUAACCGGAGAAUUCUCCCGCUUUGAGCACUCAGUUGUUGGGAUUCUUUAUAUGCUCUUUGGCGUCGUCGGCGUGAUCUCCAACUUGAUGGUCAUUCUGACGUUCCUCCGAGAGAAGUCGUUGCUGAAGUCGUCAAAAGCAUGGCUACACAUCAGUCUUGCUCUUUCUAACAUCGGCGUUGUUGGUCCCUCUCCGUUUCCCGCAUCUUCAGCUUUCAGUGGCAAGUGGCUGUACGGAGAGACGGGAUGUCAGCUCUACGCCUUCGAGGGGAUGAUGAUGGGGAUCGCUGCCAUUGGCAACGUGAUCGCUCUGUGUGUGGAACGCUACCUCGUCUCCACGCGAAAAGAAGCCAUGGAGACCAACUCGGGUGGGUUCUACUGGCUGUCGACAGCUGCUGUGUGGCUCAAUGCCUUUUUCUGGGCCAUAAUGCCGGUUCUUGGCUGGAGCAAGUACGUCCAUGAGCCCACGGGUUCAUCUUGCGCCAUCAACUGGAGGGAUGCUGACGAGGGCUACCCGUCCUACAUGAUCAUGCUGUGCAUAUUCAGUUUCGGCUUUCCCCUGGCCAUCGCCAUCUCCUGUCUGUGGGCCUCUGGGGAAAGUAGCACGAUUCAGCAGGCCCCAUCCCCAUCUGCCUCAUCCAGCCAGGUUGACGCGUUCACUGGAUUUAGGGAGGACCAGUUAAAAUGGCUGUGCUAUUCACAUCUGCUCUUCACCGUGAUUGGCUGGGGACCAUUUGCCUUCUUGUGUCUGUGGGCGUUGUUCAGCGCCCCCGUCCAGGUCUCCAUGAUCGCCGCCUGCAUCCCGCCCCUCGCCUGCAAGUCCAUGGUCCUCAUGUACCCCUUCUCAUACAUCGUCGCCAACGAACGUUUCCGCAACUCCUUCUUCAGCGUCCUCUCCCUCACUGGCUCCACUGUUCCAAAAAAGGAUUAGGCGGGGAGAGUCUAACAAAUACCCCAUGGAACGACCAAAGAUAACUCUAAGAAGACGUCUAAGAAGGACAUGCUUUCCCUUUUCGCGAACACCAGGUGUCAUCACUGAUUUUCAGUGAUCCAUUCAUAUAAGUUUCAUCACUAUUUUGUCUUUGGAAUCUGUUUCGGCAGAUAAUCAGGACUGAUUGUUCUUAGCGUUGACAUUUUGAACUUGAAGACCUUGAGGAGAGCAUGUAACCACAGCAGCCUAUCGAGAAAAUGGCAUUGCACUCGGAUCCACCCGGCUUAUUCCGUUGGUAAGAAGAUGGAUUCCUCCAAGUAUCGACCCAAUCUGCCAACAGAGGGCGCUGGCAUAACCAGACUUGACGGAAAUAACCGAACGUGAGAUGGGUAUCGACCGAGAUAGUUAUUGGUUUGAGGCGAGCUGGACAGUUUUCUAGCUUGAGAUGGAACUAUGAGGACGAUUUGAAGCUGGGCAUUAGGACUGCUCCUUACAAGUAGACCAAGUAACGUCCACUUCUUAAAACCUAUAGCGUAUUUCCAUGCAAUCUCGAAUAGUACAAUAUUACACUGUUGUUUAAAUAUCAUUCAGUUCAUAUUUGUAUCACUACAUCGAUAUGUCAAAAAAAAUCAAAGGUGCUUUGUUUUCCCAUCUGAGAGGAGAUCGUAUUUACUCACACCUUCUCGCCGGUUUAGACUGCCAUUUUCUGUUUCAAAACAUCGUGUUGAAGAUCAGUUUUCGAUGGAGUUGAUGGAGUUGAAGGAGUUGAUGUUUUAUUUAGAGAUAUCUCUGGUCGAACUCAUUGAUGCCUGCAUGAAAAUAUUGGUAUUUGUUCAUACAUUGUGUCACUACGUCCGUGAUUAGUCCAUUCUUAGGUUCAACAUUAUGCUUUCACCAGUAUAUUUUAUGUACCAGCUGAGUUUUUAUGAUGUCUUGAUAUUGGAUGUGUAUGUUUGUUAUUUGUAUCAAUGAUUCAGUGUGAAAAGCAACGUUGAUAUAAGUUUGUCAGUUUGUCUCAGGUUGUCUUUCAAUCUAAACUUACGCUUUUAGUAAACGCAAUUUGUGUAAAGCGUGCAUCGAUCACCCUGUAUGUGACACAGCUGGAAUAGUGAAACGCUAUCCUCUCACUCUGUGCAUUCGUGUUCUUAACAUACCACCUACGAAUCCCACGCUGUAGAAUCGGAAAGGAUUGCUUAUAUUUUAUUGAAGGACAGGUAUUCCACAGCAAAAUACCUGGCGUGUUUGAUGUUAUGAGACUGUUGGCUUAUUCUGUUGUUAAUCCGAAGCUGCAUUUCUGAUGUGUGGUUAUUUUUUAUGUGAUGUCAACAUGUAUUCCUUGUAGAAGAUGUCGUACUGCAAGAACAUGUAAUGUAAGUGUAUAUGGAUGUAAGUGUGUUUUCCUGCUUUUGUUGACUGCUCAAGAAUAAAAUAUAUGAAAAUAAAA